AUGGAAUCAGCUAGUUGUGGACCAUCAAAUGCUGUUAAGAAUUUAAAUAACUUCACUAAUCAAAAUAAACUAUAUAAUAAUAUAAAUCAAAAUCAAAAUCAUCAUCUCCAUCAACAACAAAAUCUCGGUUUUAAAUCUAGUAAUCCACAAAUUGUUGAUCAUUCAUUAAAUAAUGAAUUUUCACAAUUUAAUAGAGUAAAUCAACAACAACAAACACCAUCACAUUUCCAACAACAAUCUUUCAAUCAACCUCAACCUCAUUCUCAACAUCUUCAACAAAAUAAGGGUGGUGCUUGGAUAAAUGAUUUUUCAAACUUAUCAAUAGAACAACAACACGCUCAAAAUCAAGCUCAGAGUAUAGGAUUAAAAAAUGAUUGGCAUCAACAAUUUAUGCAGAAUCAACAACAACAGCAACAACAACGACAAAACCACAUACUACAACAAAAAAAUCAUGAACCACAACAGUUUAGACAACAAUUCACCCCAGCAUAUAUAAACUCAGGUUUACAAUAUAGAUCACAAAUGUCAACUCCUCAAUUUAGUCAACAAUCCGAACAUCAACAAGUACAUAAAAUCGAAUCAUCCGAUGCUCAAUUCAAAGAUCAAUUCGAUAUGAUUGAAAAAGAAUUAAAUGAAACACAACAACAAUUUAACGAGCAGAUGACUUCAGAUAUAGAAAAGGAAGAAUUUGCUGAAUCUGCACGUAAAGUUGAAUCAUCAAUGAAGUCAAUAAACUCACAGGAUUCCACAAUGAAUGAUAAAUUUGCAAAUAGUAAAUUUUUAAAAUUAAUGUCUUCAAUUGGAGAUAAACAAGUAGAAUUAGAAGGUGAUAAAUUAGUCAAUAGUAAAACUAAAAAUGACUUGCGAGGUGAAAAUGAGCUCGAAAAUAUUCAAAUUUCAAAAACACCAACAACUUCAAAUACAACUAAUCCAGAUUAUCAUAAACCAAUGCAUAAUGAAAUACAUACUCAUACUCUGAAUCAUAAUUGGAAUGGAGAGACAUUAUCGAAUCAACCAAGUGAACAAGAGGAAAUUGUAGAUCACCCGCAAAAUAAAUUACCUGAUCCCUUAGCUCAUAUUAAAGAUGGUGAUUUAAAUGAUAUUAAUGAUCCCUUAACUGCUGCUAGAUUAAUAAGUGGUGGUCAAGUAAAACCUAGAAAUUGGGAAGAAGAUGAUGAUUGGUUAGUUAAUGAUACUCCUCAACUUAAUAGACCAUUUAGAAAGGGUCAAAUUGUUGAUCAUCAAUGGGAUGAAAUGUAUACUGAUUAUAGACAUGAUGACGAUUUUCAUUAA